AUGACCAAGUUGCGACGUGGCGAUACUGGCGAUGCCGGCGAAACGUCUGGGAAUGUACCACGUCCACGGUCCUACUCUGGAAACGAUGCUGCAUACAAUGGACUCCGGACUAGGUGCGUUCCUUUAAGUCUUCCUACCAAUAUGACCGAGUUGCGAAAAUAUGGUCAAACAACUUCCAUACAACGAAGGGGGACUGCGACCACACAAAAGGCCACACCAUCUUGGCCUUUAUACCUUCGAUUACUACUCUAG